AUGAAAUUGGAAAGGGUAUCGUAUGCCAGAAUACUGGUAGUAGUUGAUGCUUCCAAAAAGCUUAUCGACCAAGUGGAGUUCGUUAUGCCAAACGGCAUAACCCGGAAACAACCGAUCGCCUAUGAGUUCCCCCCCAAAUUUUGCACGGAAUGCAACAGAUUUGGCCACCUUCAAGAGACAUGUCAGGGCACACAUCCACCGGCCGUGGCUGCUGCUGCUGCCCCUGCUACUGAGUGGACUAUGGUCCAAAGGAGGAAGAAGGGCAAAUCAACAGAUGUAGCAGCCAAGGGCAGUGGAGGGUCACCAACCAAUUCCACCGGCCAUCAAGGUGGACAAGACAGGAGGGGAGUCUCCCCUUCGAUUCCCAUGAAGAUCGGCUUUUGGAACGUGAGGGGCUUCAAUCGACCCCUCAAACACAAUGGGGUUGCCCACCUCAUUAAGUAUAACCAGCUUUGUCUCUUGGGCAUUUUGGAGACAAAGCUUGCAGCAUCUAAGAUUCAGACAUUUCUUAGCCGAUCAUUUCCGGGAUGGUGCCAAGCCAACAACUUUGACACCAUUGCCGCUGGACGCAUCUUGGUGAUUUGGAACCCAGCAGUUAUCGACAUUCAACCGGAGGAUAUCUCACCGCAAGUUAUCCACUGCCGUGCCACGAAUAAGUCUUCUCAACUCUCCUUCUAUAUCUCGUUUUCUUAUGGUUUAUAUUCUGUUGUCAAUAGAAGGAGUAUGUGGGAGAAGCUUACAGAAUUGGGACAGACGAUAAGCAUUCCGUGGCUCAUUAUGGGAGAUUUCAACUAUGUGAAAUCUCCCGAGGAAAAGCAACUUGGGGUGACGCCAACUUGGUACGAACUCAAGGAUUUCGUGGACUACUGUGCAGCACUUGGACUGCUUGACGUCCCCACAACGGGUUGCUAUUACACAUGGUAUUCCAACAAUGAGAGCAACCCUAUGUGGUGUAAACUUGAUCGGGUCCUUUACAACAACGAAUGGCUUGAGGCCGGUUUACAUUGCGGUGCCCACUUCAACCCACCGGGAUGCCUAUCCGACCACUCCCCGGGUAUUGUCACUAUCUUUGAUCAUACUCCCACUAAACCAAAACCAUUCCGUUUUUUCAAUAUGUGGGCAGAACAUCCGGACUUCUUAUCUACUGUGGAGCAACGAUGGAACUUGAAUGUGGAGGGAACGACACAAUUCAUUCUUUGCAAGAGGUUGAAAGCACUUAAAGCUGAAUUGAAAGCUUUCAACACGCAACACUACAGCCACAUUUCCACCAGGGCCAAAGAGGCUGACAUUGCACUGCAAGAUGCUCAGAACCAGCUUGAAAACAACCCGGGAAAUGUAACGCUUUGGGAAUUGGGAGAUCUUAGGAGGAAGGCCGUUUUCCUUGCCGAGGCUGAACGACACUUCUUCUACCAAAAAGCCAAGAUUCACUACCUCAAAGAGGGGGACCGAAACACCAAAUUCUUCCACGAUAUGGUGAAAAGGAAUGCUGCUAGAAACUCCAUCACGGCAGUUACUAGAGCUGACGGGACGAUCAUUACUUCUGCCGAUGAGAUUGCCCAAGAGUUCGUUGAUUACUAUACAUCACUCUUGGACACUAAGUCUCACACCAUCCCAGUUGAUGAUGGAGUGUUCGAUUGCGGCCCCAAACUUUCCUCCGAGCUUAUUGAUGAACUUUGCAGGGAAGUCACAGCAGUGGAGGUCAAGGACGCAAUUUUCAAUAUUAAUGACAACAAGGCACCCGGCCCCGAUGGAUAUUCCUCAUACUUUUUCAAGAAAGCAUGGAAUGUGGUGGGUAACCAGGUAUGCAGGGCCGUUCUGGACUUCUUUCAGAAUGGACGAAUGCUACGGCAACUUAACCACACCGUCAUUGCUCCCGUGUCCAAAUCAGAGCAUUCCUCUUCUGUUGCUGACUACCGACCGAUUUCGUGCUGCAACAUCAUCUACAAGGCCAUCACGAAAAUUAUAUCAGACCGGGUUGCACCUGCAUUGGAGCACCUAAUCGACCGUUGCCAAUCUGCGUUUAUUGGAGGUCGCAACAUCACCGACAAUAUCUUCUUGGCGCAAGAAAUGGUGCGAUAG